AUGUCGACUUCAAUGAACUAUCUCGUGACCGGUGCGGGUAGAGGCAUCGGCAGAGGACUGACACGGAAUCUCCUUGCACGGCCUGGAAAUCGGGUCUUUCUUCUGGAUAGCAAUGAAAGCGAACUAGAAAACACUCUUUCGCUUGCAUCGAUUUGGAUACAGUCAUCAAACACCGAUAGCAGUUCUUUCAAGGGCAAAGUGGUUGACUUAAGGAACCGCGAUGAGAUCAAGACCGUUGUCCGCGAGGUGAAUGACUUCUUCGGCGGCAGAUUAUCAUGUCUUGUCAACAAUGCUUUUGCUACUCCGCAUAUCUGGAGGGACGAUAAGGGAAUGGAAGAUGAUCUUUCUUCCGACGAAAUCAUGGAUCAAUGGGAUGUCAAAAUCGCCGUUGGUCUGACUGCACCAUUUCUUCUCUCAAGGCUUUGCGUACCCAUGCUCAAACGCAAGGACGAGGGAUCGAGCGCCGGAUGCAUUAUCAACAUUGCCUCUACACGGGCCAACCAGGCGGAAGACAAUCACGAAGCCUAUAGUGCAGCUAAAGGCGGACUUCUUGGUCUCACUCAGAGCAUGGCAAUCAGUCUAGGACACAGGCACAACAUUCGCGUCAACGCUAUCAUACCUGGCUGGAUCAGCGUUGAGGACGAGAACAAAACAGCAGACGAGGAAGGGACCAAGUGGGAAGAGGGUAUGACGGACCAAGACCAUUCGUGGCAUCCUGCUGGCCGGGUAGGAAAAGUCGAAGAUGUCUACAAAGCGGUCAAAUAUCUGGUCGAAUCUGACUUUGUGACCGCCGAGAAUAUGGUGUUGGAUGGAGGUGUAACCAGGAAGAUGUACUAUCCGGAAUGA